GCCAGUUAGAAACAUAGAAUUAUAUAAUUUAUGACGCUAAAGAUGGGGUCGAGCAAGUUGUUGUUUAUUGUCGUGCUGUUUAGUGUCGUGCUGUUUGUAUUAUCUGAGAUAAGUACGGCAGACGAUUGGAAGGAUGAAAUUAAAAUGUCGCUGUUCAAAAUGAUACGAAUAUCAAAAGAUCCGGAUAUUGGGAUCAGAGAAAACAUUAAGCAAGAAAAAACGCGUGUUUUAUGCUCGAUCACGUGUUUCCAAAGUUCUUCUUUCUACUACCAUGAAAACAAUUCCACAUGUAUUUGUAAUUCUGGGGCAGACAGUGAAGCAGAGGAAAAUGAAGAUGUAAUCGGGGAACUGAUAUAUGGAAUAAAAACAACAACUAUCAUCACUUCAUCAUUACAAACAUUAGACAAACAAUUCAAAAGAGUUCAUAAACAACCAGAAGCACGUGACUGUUUGGCGCUGUUCCAGCAGGGAUAUACUGAAGACGGUGUAUAUGUUAUCAAGCCGUGGGGCACCGAUACUGAUAUUUUCUGUUCUGCAACAGUUGACGGAUGUGAUCUUAUUGGAACAAAUAUUGACGUAUGGUGUGACAUGUCAAAUGGUGGAUGGACAGUUAUUCAACGCCGGCAAGAUGGUUUUGUAGAUUUUUAUAAGGAUUGGUACGAAUACAAAAUUGGCUUUGGGAACGUCGUAGGUGAAUACUGGAUCGGUUUGGAAAACAUUCAUAUCCUGACGUCUUCCAGGAGUACCCUUCACGUAGACAUGAAGACAUUCGGGGAUGUUUCACCAAAGUCUGCGCAUGCUGAAUAUUCCUCUUUUCGAAUCACCGACGAAAACGACCAGUACAGGUUAAUAAUCGGAGGUUAUCAUGGCAGCUGCUCAGAUUCUUUGCUCUACCAUCACAACGGCAGUCAAUUUACGACACGUGACCAGGAUAAUGAUUUAAACGAUGAUGGGAAUUGUGCAAUAUCGUCGACCGGGGCGUGGUGGUACAACAAGUGUCUAGCAAGCAAUCUAAAUGGGCGGUAUCUUAAAGGUGCCGACUCUGCCUAUGCACAAGGUAUCGUGUGGGUUCAUUGCUGGACACAUACAUAUUCGCUUAAAGAAACCGUCAUGAAAAUAAGACGGAACGAGUAAAAUAAUCACUCCAAUUAUCACGUUUAUAGCCAUUUGGAUUCAUUAUUUCUCGAUUCUGUAAAUCAAGAACUUAUCGUGUGACACAUUGUGUUAAUCCGCAAUUACAAAAAUCCAUUUGUAUUGUUGAAUCAAUUUACAAACGUGUGAGCCUGAAAAAGUGCAUAUGAGCGUAUUAAUAUUUCAAUGCAUUUUUCAUUGUCUUAAAAGUUCUACGACAGUCGCAAUAUUCAUUUACCAUUCAUUUUUGAUAAUGUUCACGAAUAUAAUAAAAAGUUAAAUAUAACUUAUAAAUAUAAUACACGAUGGUAAAGCAGCAGUCGCCUUGAACAUAAAAAAUAUAUAAGAUCAAUAGGAAAUAUUAACAGUCGAUGAAAAAUAUAUAUGU